AUGACGCCCACGAAGAUCGUUGCGCUCGAAACCUUUUUCUGUCCCCUCCCAGAUUUCUCGUCCCUCCCGGUCGAAGUCUCACUAGAGGCCUACAGCCGCUCAGCGCCGGAGGAUAUCCCAGGGCGGAUUGUAGAUGCUUCCAUCAUCAUUGUUACCACUCUUCGCCUUGCACGCGCUGUUCUGGCUAGAGAUGUUUGCCCUCACCUUCAGCUAAUCGUGGUAAUGGCCUCUGGGACAAACAACAUCGAUAUAGAAGCCUGCAAGGAGCGCAAUAUCCAGGUGAAGAACUGCCCGGGGGCCAACACAGAUGCGGUAGCCCAACACGCCCUCGCCCUGUUUCUCGCAUGUCGACGGAAGCUGGUGCGGCUGCAUCAUGCCACACUCGGGACCAACGGCGAGUCGGCCAACGGCAAGGGUGCCAAAAGUCCAUGGGAAGCCGAAGGAACGCUGAUGUCGAGGCUGCUGGACAGGCACGGUAAGGCCCCUGUUGGCCUCGGGGACGAGGUAGUGGGGAUUAUAGGAUUUGGCCGCGUGGGUAAAACAAUCUCAGAUAUGUGCUCCGCGCUCGGGAUGACGGUGCUGGUGUCCGCGCGCAAGAAUGAACCAGCCAGUGGUGGCCACGAUAACCGCCAUGAUUUCGACCACGUUUUGCGGAACUCAACGGUGGUCAUGGUUUGUCUGCCCCUUGAAAGCAGCACAUUCAACUCCAUUUCAGGCCCUGAAUUCCAAUUGAUGCGCCCUGACGCAGUGUUGGUUAAUGUCUCGCGAGGGGGCGUUGUCAACGAGAAGGACUUGCUGACUGCACUUGAUCAAGGUGCGAUAUAUGGAGCUGCGACGGAUGUCUUCUCGGAGGAACCAGCCGGUUUCUCGAACGCUCUGUUGGCUGGUAAAUCCCACGAAUCUGUAAAUCUGAUCGUUUCUCCACACCUGGCCUGGUUGACACAGCCAACAAUCACACGCCUCCAGCACAUGGCACUGGCGAACAUUCGCGCAUGGCUUCUAGGAGGCGAUGUGGGAAAUUUCAGCCGGAUUGUUUGA